AUGGAGGAAAAUGGUGAUAAUUCCGUACGAAAAAUUACGGAGUUACGCACCGACCUGGACCAAACGCGAGCGGCACUCCAGCGAAUAGAGGAGCUUCUCGCGAACCAGUCGGCAGCCGCCACGGCAGCAGCACACGUAGCAGCGAAUACAGCAGCGACGGCAGCAGCAGCAACGGCGACACCGACACUUCACACAUCAGCAGCCACAGUGAAUCUUGAGGCGGCACGUCCGAGGCUACCGGAGACGUUCAAUCCGAAUGCGAGAGACGCCGACGUCCGUCGAUUCAUUGCGACCCUCGAAAUUUACUUCGAGGCCGUUGGCUGUACGACCCCGACACACGAUGCAAUGCGGAUUCGGCUCGCAGCCACACUGUUGCGAGGCCCGGCGCUCGAGUGGAUUUACAACAGUAAGGAGAUCCGAGGCGAGGGGUCAUGGACGCAGUUUCGGGCAGCUUUAAUUCAACGUUUCGAACCGAUCAAUUCCAGCUACAUGGCGCGGCAGCAGAUUCAUCGGCACAAACAGUACGGCAGUGUAACGCAGUAUACGCAGCAGAUGGAGAGCCUCUUCAACCGAAUUACCGACCUGACCGAAGGGGAAAAAAUCCAAGCGUAUACUGAGGGGCUAAAAAUGGAAGUCCGCCGACAGGUGAUUGCUGCGAACUACAACAACUACCGCGACAUGGUGUGUGCAGCAGAGAGAUUCAAUGUGCUGACGAGAGGUCAACCUGAGACACGACGCCACGUGCCAAACAGAUCAUUCGACACGAAGCGAUCGGCACCACCCACGACCGCCGACCCGAUGGAUAUCGACAAGAUCGACGCGAAGCAGCAGCCGACAAAUAAGAAGUGUGACUUUUGCGGCGCAGCGGGACAUCGAUUCUUGGCGUGUUGGAAAAUGAAGAAGGCACGAGCACAGUUGCAGGGCAACAACAGUGUGACACCCCCGAAGUCAAACAACGUGGCGACUUCGGAGCGGGCGAAAAAAGGAGGACAUGAUGGCGCGAAUUUAAAACGCCACGACCGGCCGGCACCAGGGGAAAUCGCCGAGACAAAUGGAGGCUCCGCGAAACAAGACCCUGCACCGACCGGGAAACUCCAGCCGAACACCCACGAAACCUUCAGGGGAGAUUUAGCGGCUAAGAAAAAGCCCUUAAAGAUUAUUCAGGUACCUGAGAAGUUGGGCAAACCACUCCGGAGCGUUGAAAAGGGUCGUGCGUUCCAAGGAGUUAAUACUCUCUCCCCGCAGCACAGUGUUAAGGCUCCCCAUUGCCCACAGGAGAAGCCUACACAGCUGCAACGGCUUAAGGGAAGGUUCCAGGCCAAGACGAAGCUGAAUCGGCCUUGGAAAAUUUCUUCUAACCCUACUCAGUUUGAAACUGAUAUUUGUCAAGAUAGGUAG